AGGAAGAAGAAGGGAGUAGGAGGACAGGUAAAGGUGAGCCGAUACAUCGUUCCUUCAACCCAGGAAAAGGACCCAGUGUCUUUUGACUUCUUCGUUUCUUCAUUUUUUUAGCCGACUGCUGAAUCAAGGCAAUGGUGAAGGAGGAGCAGGAAGAGUCGUCCAACCGGCCUGACAACACUGCCUUCACCCAGCAGCGGCUUCCUGCAUGGCAGCCCAUUCUCUCUGCAAGCAUUGUUAUUCCAAUGUUUUUCCUCAUUGGRGCCGCUUUCAUUGGUGUUGGAGUURCUCUCUUCAUCGCUUCACGGGACAUCCAGUUGCAGGAGUUAGACUACACUGGUGAUGACUCUGAACAUCCCUGCUUUAAGUGCAAAACAAAUACAGAGAAAUGUACGUGCAACAUGACGUUCUCCAUCCCUGAUCUGUUCAAGGGGCCUGUUUACAUUUAUUAUGGCUUGAGCAACUACUUCCAGAACCAAAGAAAGUAUGGGACAUCCAAAGACGAUAAUCAGCUGUAUGGAGACCUAGAUUACUUUACGAGUCCUUCCACUUACUGUGACCCGUAUACCCGUGAUAGCAAAAACGUGCCAAUCGUUCCUUGUGGAGCGCUGGCAAACAGCAUGUUUAAUGACACCUUUUCGCUCAGUCAUGCGGUCAACGGGGUUCAAAAGAUUGUGCCUCUGGAUGGAAAAGGGAUUGCUUGGUGGACUGACUACAACGUCAAAUACAGAAAUCCCAGCGUGAUGCCCCUGAUCAACGCCUUCAACGGAACCAAGAAGCCCACAAACUGGCCUAAACCCGCUUAUGAGCUGGACACCACAGAUGUGUACAACAACGGCUUCAUCAACCAAGACUUUCUGGUCUGGAUGAGAAGGGCUGCUCUUCCAGAUUUCAGGAAACUGUAUCGACGAAUCUCACAUGUUGACUAUGAAAAGGGUCUACCAGCUGGAAACUACACUCUGACAAUUGCCUACAACUACCCCGUUCAUUCAUUCAACGGCAAGAAGAAGGUGGUGCUCAGCAACGUGUCUUGGAUGGGAGGAAAGAAUGACUUCCUGGGCCUCGCCUACAUGGUGGUUGGCUCCAUGUGUGUCGUCAUGUCUGUCGUUAUGCUCAUUGUGUAUGCUAGAUUCAAGUUUCCCGAAGACAACUGAGCACCUGAAAAAGUACCAAAGGAAACAUUUUCAUGUAGUUGAUGAACCUCAGCUGGAAACGGCUCUGGCUUCGAACAAAGGAUUAUAGUGACCUCUGAACUGUUGAAAUUAGGAUUUGGAGUGUAAAUGUAUUGCUAGUGCUCUAUUUUUCUUAAAAUUUCUAUAUGUAUUUCUUAAAUUGCUUUUAUCUGCAGGGUUAAAGCUGCUUCMUACUGAUAGGUCAAUAAUCUUAAAGCCAUAUUUUUCAUGAAAAGCCAUUUUAAACUAAUCAGGCAGUUACAYUUGAGAAAGAAGCUUCAUAAAAAUGUUGUAAAACUUGUAUUUAUUUCUGACUCAGGGAAAUGGCUUACAAGCUUUUUUUUUCUCUUAAUGUUUUUUGUUGGGUGGCUUCAAAGCUUUUGUAACUUUUAGUGUUCCUUGAAAUGAUUCUCAUCAUUUUGAUAUUUAUUGAAUAAAACAACAAAAUCUUA